CAACAACACAAACACAACCCAACCCUAAACGCCGGAACCCACGCCUCCCUCCCUUCUUCGCCCAAGCUCCCGCGCCCCAUCUCGGCCUCCUCCGCCGCACGUAGCCGGCCUCCUCUUCCCAAGGUCCGCCUCCGCAUCUCCGCCCUCGUCCGCCACCGCCCUCGUCGUCCAGCCCUCUUCCGCCACCACCGGCCUCCGCCAGCCGCCGUCCUCCGUCAGCUUCUACUCGCCGGCCUCUUCCUCCUCCUCCGCCAGACGCCGUCCUCCUCCUCCUCCUCCAGCCGCUGUCCUCCUCCUCUGCCUGCACCUUAAGAGGAAGUGAAUCCCAACCUCACUGGACUUAUGGGCAAGUCUCUUUACAAAGACCUUGAUGCCCCAAAUAAUGCCGGAUCUUCUCCAUUAUUGGCACCUUUUCCUUUGAAUGGCACUAGAGUUGGUGCCUCACAUCGAAUUUACCAAGUUCAGGAUCUGAAAAGAACAAGAUUACCUCCUUCAUUGCAAAUAGAUGAAGAGAAUUUAUGGAAUUCUAGAAGCACCACUGCAGGACGCUCUCUGUCUUCCUCUCCCUCUCUGGAAGCUAAUCAAUUACGAGAACCAAAUUUUGCAAUGCCACUCGCUCAAAGUAAAAUUCCUGCUGUAUCUACUUAUUUAGAUACAUAUAAGUCUUGGGAAAAGAUGCCUACUAAGCCUACAAAUCAAGUCUCCAAGAGAAGCAGGUCGCCACCCAAUUUGCUCGCUAAUGGAGGUUAUUCGGUCUAUGGGGUUCACAGUUCCAAAAGGCCGCCUUCCAGCUCUCCCCCCAAAUUGAGGCAAAAUUUUCCCUCUAAUGCUCUUGGUUCUCAUACUCAACAACAGUCUCUUACAUCUGUCCAUAAUAAUGCUGAUAUUGGCUCGAUGAAGCCUAUGAGCUUUCCUGUUUCUAAAAGGACCAAAUUACCAUUUGCACACACAUCUGAUCAUGUACUUCAUGACGACUGCUCUGCUGUUCAAGAUGACAAUGAACGAGAACUAGAUGCCAAAGCUAAGCGUUUGGCCCGCUUCAAGGAUGACUUAGAACAACCUGCUCAAAGCGAUCCCAUCGCUCGAGAUCAGAGAGUUGUUAUGAAGAAACAAUAUCAAUCUGUGGCUGAGCAACAACAACUUAUGGAGGAAUCCAGUGUUGAUACUCCAGGGGAUUUUUCUAACAGGAAUGCGAUAUCUGAUUAUGAGGUUCCUGAGUCUUCUGGCAUCAUAGUAGGAUCUUGUCUUGAUAUGUGUCCAGAAUCAGAGAGAACAGAACGUGAAAGAAAAGGAGAUCUUGACCAGUAUGAGCGCUUAGAUGGAGAACGAAAUCGGUCAAGUAAAUUUCUUGCUGUCAAGAAGUACACUAGGACAGCUGGGAGAGAAGCUGAGCUCAUCCGUCCAAUGCCAAUUCUGCUGCAGACAAUGGAUUAUCUUCUAAAUUUGCUGGAUAAGCCCUAUGAUGAUAAGUUUCUUGGUUUGUACAACUUUUUGUGGGACAGGAUGCGAGCUGUCCGUAUGGAUCUGCGGAUGCAACAUAUUUUUGAUCUUGAAGCUAUAAGUAUGCUGGAGCAAAUGAUUCGACUCCACAUAAUAGCUAUGCAUGAAUUGUGCGAGUAUACCAAAGGAGAAGGCUUUUCAGAAGGAUUUGAUGCACAUCUCAACAUUGAACAAAUGAACAAAACAUCAGUUGAACUCUUUCAUUUAUAUGAUGACCACCGGAAAAAAGGACAUGAUGUGCCAACAGAGAGAGAAUUCAGAGGCUACUAUGCACUUCUGAAGCUUGACAAACACCCCGGAUACAAAGUUGAGCCUGCAGAACUGUCGCUUGAUUUGGCCAAGAUGACCCCAGAUAUGCGGCAAACUCCCGAAAUUGUGUUUUCCCGUGAUGUAGCCAGAGCAUGCAGAACUGGUAAUUUCAUUACUUUCUUUCGUCUUGCAAGAAAAGCUAGUUACCUUCAAGCAUGCUUGAUGCAUGCUCACUUCGCAAAGUUACGAACCCAUGCUCUUGCUUCGUUGCACUGUGGUUUACAGAAUAACCAAGGAAUCCCUGUUAGCCAAGUUGCCAAAUGGCUUGGGAUGGAGGAAGAAGAUAUAGAAAGCCUUCUCGUGUAUCAUGGGCUUGCAGUAAAGGAAUUUGAAGAACCGUAUAUGGUGAAGGAAGGCUCCUUUGUGAAUGUUGAUAAUGACUAUCCUGUCAGGUGUUCAAGACUUGUUUAUAGUAAAAAGUCUACGACAAUAGUUGAAGAUGUCUUUUGUGCGCAUUUGGCAGAAAUAGUUUAUUCCAAAAAAGAGUUAGAGGAUCCUCAGUUAGAUAAUAGAUUUGAGCAGAAUCCCACUCCUCGUCAGCUUCUGGUGUCUGAGAGUUUUAUCCAGGGCAUUGAUGAGGACAUACCUGAUUAUGAAACAAUCUCAUAUCCGGAAGAAAAGUUGAAGGUGAUGCCACUGCUUUGCAUUCCUAUGCACGCAAAGGGUCAAGAUGAGAAUUUGGUGACUCCUGCAAGUCCUCAAGUAUCUGCUGCCCAUUGUUCCCCAGAAUUCCAACAUGACAGAUUUAGCCCAAAGCAUUCCACCACCUUCAAACACUCUCUGGAUAAAGGUCAGAAAAUUGAAGUUUUGGAUUCCCCUUUCCUUCUUACAGCAUCAAGAGUGGAGCAAGAGACACUGCCAGUUGUUGGAAAUGACUUUGUCAAGAAAUCUUCGGUAGCCCAUCAUUUGCCUGUUGAAGAUAUGGAAGAUGAAUCACCGGUGAUUUCUUGUCAACAGGCUGAAUCUGAUGUAGCUGUUGCAGGUUAUUAUGAUGAAGAAGUUGCAAAUGCGAAACUUAAACUUCUUAUAAGAAUAUGGAAACGAUAUUCUUCAAAGAGAAGAGAAUUGCGUGAGCAGAAACAGCUAGCAGCAACAGUUGCCUUAAGCUCACUGACAUUGGGGCCACCAAUUUGUCAGUACAAAACUCAACCAAAUGUGUUUGAUGAUGUCAAUAUUGGUGGUGCCAUGAUGAGGCGGUAUGAACUUCAACAAAAUUCAUGGUUACGGAUGAAUGUAUCCGAUGUUGUUGUGUCUAAACUUGCUGGAAAAAAUACUACUGCUAAGUGCCUCUGUUGGAAAGUCAUUUUAUGUUCUCAAGGCAAGAUGCAUAAUAUAACAGAGCCAAUCCAACAAAAUGACGUUGGUGUGUUAGCUGCUUGGUCCUGGCUUCUUUCCAAGCUUAUUCCAGAUAAUAAUUGCAUUGAUGACGAGCUAGUUGUUUCAUCACCUGGACUGUCCAUAUGGAAGAAGUGUGUUCCUGAUGAGUCGGGAAGAGAUCUGACAAGUUGUUUCUCAGUCAUCAAGGAAGUUGAGUUUCAGAAUCUAAAUGAGACUGCGGAAGGCGCAAAUGCAAUUGUCUUCCUGGCAUUGGAGUGCUUCCCAUGGGAGGUCCAAAAGAAAAGACUCAAUGAAGUCUUAAUGGCUCUGCCUUCUGGAUCUUCCCUGCCUCUUUUAGUAUUAAGCAGUUCAUGCAAGAGUCGUGUAGAUCCUUCAACAAUAACUGAAGAAUUGGGGCUCCAUGACAUUGAUAAAUCACUGGUUAUGGCAUUCAACAUUCUUUUUCUUAAGGACGAUCCUCUGGAAAAGAUAACUGGUUUUUUUAGUGACAAUCAUUUGAGACGAGGACUAGAGUGGCUUGCAGAUGUAUCACCCCCACAGCCUGUUCUUGAUUGCAUUAAAACCCGUGAACUAGUUCUUUACCACUUAAAUCCCUCAUUGGAGGCUCUCGAUAACAUCAAUACUCACUAUACAAAUCCAAAUGCCAUUAUUUCAGCCAUUAAUGAAUCCUUGGAUCAAUCAGCUAGAGAAGUAGCUGCUGCUGCUCAAGCAGCUCCUGCUUGUUGGCCCUGCCCUGAAAUUGCAUUGCUAGGGCAGUGUGGCAAUGGGAACAAUCACGCGUUGCGCUAUCUACCGAGCAUAGGGUGGAAUUCUGCAGCUAGAAUUCAACCACUUGUGCAUGCAAUAGCUACCUGUAAGCUUCCUGCUUUUGAGGAGGAUGUAAGUUGGCUACACAAAGGCACUUAUGAGAUUAGUGACAUUGAGACCCAAACAGUACAACUUGAGAGUUGCCUGUUGAAGUAUUUAACAGAGGACAGUAAGCUGAUGGGGCGGCUGAUAGGUGCAAAAGAGGCAAACAUUAUGCUACAAAAGUACACCCGGCUGGAACUCCAUAACUAUUCAUACUACCUCAUGCCAAAUUGGGUUGCGAUUUUUAGGCGGGCAUUCAAUUGGCAGUUAACGAAUUUAGCUGAUGAUCGAUUAUCAUCAGCAUAUGUCUUGAAGCAACUUGAAUUUCCCAUUUCCCCUGAAGCUUCAUAUAACUUCAACGUAGAAGAUAGAUCACUGUUCUCUUCUGCACUGGGACAACCCUCCUUGGACGAGAUGGUUGAAGUUUGUUGUGCCUGCCUUACACCUAAUGCUCCAAACGAGCAAGAGGAUUGCUUUGAAACACAUAGGCAUAUGACUCUAGAUGAUCAUAAUGUUGGGAAUGCUUCUAAUGAAGUUCAGAUGUCAGGUGAUGAAAUGAAUGUUGAAGAUGAUGGUAAAAUUGCUAUAUCUUACAACAAUAAUUAUGUAACCGAUGUCAUGAAGAAGAAAUUUGAGCCUCUGCUAGCCACUAAGGCAGUAAAGGAAAGCAACAAGUUAAGUGAGUUGUUAGAGAAGUGCAAUAUUGCGCAGAACAUGAUAGAUAAGAAGUUGUCGGUAUAUUUUUAAUUCUUCCGAGGCAUUUUCUUUGUUGCACUGUAACAUAUACAUGUAGUUUGCAGGCCAUACAAACGGCUAAAUUUAUGUAAUGAAGAGUUAUUGUGCCCUUAAACUAUCUUGCAACAUAGAGCUCUGUAAUCAAUUCUCACUCCAAGU